UGAUGUGAACAAGGCUAGAUGGGAUACAUUCUAUGUCAAAAUAACGUCAAAAGUUGAUUUUAACCCUAACUAUUUUUCUGACCUUAACCCAAUUAUCUCAAACUAAUACGUAAACCUGCCGCGUAAAUUCUCCUAACCUGCUCCGAAAUAUCAAUUCUGACAUAAACUGUAUCCCUUCUAGACAAAAUCGAGUGAUACUGACAUAAUACCCUAAAAGCAAAAUGGCAGCCAGCAGUGGAAAAUCUGUUCUGUUCGUGUGUCUGGGGAACAUUUGCAGGUCCCCCAUCGCCGAAGCCGUCUUCAGGAAAAUGGCGACAGAUGCUGGUGUUGUUGACAAGUGGAGGAUAGACAGUGCUGCCACCUCCACCUAUGAGAUAGGCAACCCUCCAGACCACCGUGGUCAAGCCUGCAUGAAGAAACACGGGGUGCCCAUGAGGCAUGUAGCCAGGCAGGUGACAAAGGAGGAUUUUAUGUCAUUUGACUACAUUCUGUGCAUGGAUGAGAGCAAUUUGAGUGACCUGAAAAAGAAGGCAAACUCUGUGAAAAACAGCAAAGCCAAGAUUGAGCUGCUGGGCUCGUACGACCCAGAGAAACAACUGAUCAUCAAAGACCCAUACUACGGGCAUGAGGAAGACUUUGAAAAUGUGUACGAACAAUGUGUGAGAUGCUGCAAAGUGUUUUUGGAAAACAACUCGUAACCAGACCCAAGAUCUGACCAAACACUAGAUGGAUAGUAAAGAAACGAUCCUCCGUUAUCGUCCAUAGUUGUGCAGUUCCAAUACUCAUCUGCCAGGUCACACUAACAGUAGUUCCCAUCAAUAUGGUGUAGCAAUCAGUUGAUUGUCACAAUCUACAAUAUGUCUGUAAAACAAACGGUUUACUGUACUGUGUCCUAAAUAAAAUGCUUUUUUUGAGGAA